GCGGAUUGUUUGUUGUCAAAAUGGAGUUCUUACUUGGCAAUCCGUACAGCACUCCUGUGGGCCAAUGUAUAGGCCUAAGUAAAUGAAGCAGCUGUCACAGAAGAAUUUGUUGAUUACAUAUGUCUAGAGGGCCACAGAUGGAGGCCUACAGAAUGAGGACUGGACCCUCAACAUGGAGAUCUGCGAUAUCAUAAAUGAGACAGACGAGGGGCCAAAAGACGCGAUGCGGGCACUGAAGAAGAGACUCAGUGGUAACAAGAACUACAGAGAAGUGAUGCUGGCGCUGACGGUAUUGGAGACAUGUGUGAAGAACUGUGGUCACAGGUUUCAUGUCCAGGUGGCCAACAGAGAUUUUAUCGACGGUGUGUUGGUCAAAGUCAUCUCCCCUAAAUCCAAUCCUCCGACCAUCGUACAAGACAAAGUGCUGUCACUCAUACAGGCAUGGGCUGAUGCCUUCAGGAGUAGCCCUGAUCUAACUGGUGUGGUCCACAUUUAUGAGGAACUGAAGAGGAAAGGGAUUGAGUUCCCAAUGGCAGACCUGGACGCACUGUCUCCCAUUCACACACCACAGAGGGGUACACCAGAGGUGGACCCGGCCAUGAUGAAGUACCUAGCCCCCGCAUCACCUGCUGUCGGGACUCCUGCACCUUCCCCGACCCCCGCCCCUGCCACACAGGUCCCCAACAUGCCCAGCCCUAUCAAAGCAACCCCUGAACAGAUCGCCCGGCUGCGUAGUGAGCUGGACAUAGUGAGAGGAAACACCAAAGUCAUGUCAGAGAUGCUGACAGAGAUGGUCCCUGGCCAGGAAGAUGCCUCUGACCUAGAACUGCUUCAGGAGCUGAACAGAACAUGCAGGGCCAUGCAGCAGAGAGUGGUUGAGCUGAUUUCACGCAUCUCUAACGAGGAAGUGACUGAGGAGCUGCUACAUGUCAAUGAUGACCUCAACAACAUUUUCCUCCGAUAUGAGAGGUACGAGAGGUACAGGUCGGGUAGAGCCGCGCAGAACAACGGGAUGUUGAAUGAGGCCACAGAGGACAACCUGAUAGACCUGGGCCCAGGCUCCCCUGCCGUAGUCACGCCCAGGAUCACCUCCAGCCCUCCACCCCAUUCCGCUGCCGGGGCCGCCGCCUCCCCAGCACAUAAACCCACUACAGCCUCGCUGUCCUUUGCACUAGCUGGUCUUGAUGUUGCUGCGGACAGCGUGAGCAGUACACUGCCCUCUGUACCAAACCAGGAUGACUUUGACAUGUUUGCCCAGACCAGGAGCAGCUCUCUGGCUGAACAACGAAAAAAUGUAAAGUAUGAGGACCCCCAGGCUCUAGGCGGCCUGGCCUCGGCUUUGGAUGUGAGACAGCAGAACGCAGGAGGGAUCCCCGUAUCGCAGUCCUCUGUCAUGGAUGACAUAGAGGAGUGGCUCUGUGCUGACGUGAAAGGGGAUGCCGCAGAGGAAGGGGUGACCAGUGAAGAAUUUGAUAAGUUCCUGGAGGAGCGAGCGAAGGCAGUCGACUCUCUGCCUUCUCCCCCGGGAGCUAACCCUGCUCCCCCUGCCCGCGCUCCUGGUGGCUCCCACAAGAAGGCUGAGCGGACGGAAGACACCCUCUUUGCCUUGUAGACUGUUAGAGGAGGGCCUCGGUCUCUUCUCUUGGGCAUCUAAAGGUCCUCGUCCUAAAUGAUCCCUCCAGUCUUUCCAGUCCCAUUUCGUCUCUGACCGGCAGUCAAGUGAUCUCCACCUCCUUGUCAUUCUCUUGCCACAGUGUUGCGCCGACAUGCAGAGGUCCAAUAUGUUUACUGCGCACAACCAUGUUGCGUUUUACUAUAUAUGGAUGUAUUAAUCUGUUAGUGUGGGAUGUACUACUUCCAGCCCUGCAUCUCAUUGGUAAUGCGCCACCAAAGGAAGACAUCCUUACUUGUCUGAUGGGGUUUAAAAAUGUGGUAUAUUACUGCGAAAUUAAUGUAAAAUGUUCACUGCAGGGCAAUGCAUUGAGUCAGUAUGGAAGAAUACAAUUAGGAUUAUAUUGUGUUGUUAGCUAAUUGCUAAUUUAUGCAUUUAUUGUUUUAAUGGUUUGUUCUGUACUAGCGCUGUGGUAUGUUUUUUGUUUUUUUACAAAUACUUAAGUUUAAGCUCUAGUCAUGCCUCUUAUACUGAGAUAUGUGUGGAAGGGCAACACAUUAUUACCCAAUUUGCCUGAGGCAGUGUGGAGAAAAGACUUAAGUUAAUCGGCUAAUUUAGCUAACUAUGAAUAUAAUAGCUAAAUAUUAGCUAAUCUUGAUGAGUGUAUGCCAGCAUUCCUUUAACCAAAGGGAAUAAAAAACCUAAAAAGCACUAGUUAGGAAUCUCUGUUAUGUAUUUCAAAUAGCUAAGGGGAAGGAACGUGCUCUCUGAAUAUUUCCCAUCAGUCUUUUCAGUCCUCUGAAAAGCUACAAAUAUAACUAGGAAAAGUAUGCUUUUGAGCAAUACACGUUUAGCCAUUCCAAAGAAUAUUAAGGCUUUAAAGACCAACUAGCACUGAAUGGAACAAUAAUCGAGUCCAUGUGUUAGAAAUGUUAAGGGAUGAUGAACAUUUUCCUUUCCCUGCUAUAUUAAUGUCUGUGCACUUUGAAGCAAAAACAAAUCUGUAUUUUGGCCUUUGUGUUUACAAGAUGGUUACUAUUUUUGUAGGGGGAUGGGAAACGGUCUUUAGAUUGACUUCAUUUUGCACACAUUUUUCUAAAGUGUCAUUGCAGCUCAUUCACAAACUUAUAAUUGCAAAAACGUUUAAGAAUAUUAAAGAUUACGUAAAGAUGCAAAACACAAUAUGGCAUCUAAAUUAUCAGCAAGACUUUCGCUGACACCAUAAUCAACUUAAAUACAAAAUGUAUAACUUACAGUAAUGGACUGUCAUAAAGGAUGUAUUCAUAUAGGUAGAACUUCAGUUGCUCUAUAUUAUGUAAUAUAUAUAUAUACCUCAAAAUACAGGAAUUCCUGUAACUGGUUAAAAUGUAUUGGCUCAUUGUAAGAGACAGCAAAUAGGCUUAUUUAUCAUUUCAUCCCCUGAUUGUAUUUUUAUAGUUCAUGUAAAAAGAAAAAAAACAAGUUUGUAUCAUUGAUCUUUUUGUGGUCCAGGCAGAAGCAUGCAGUAAACAAAACCUCAGUUGUACUUUCUUUGAUUUGGACAGUCAAAGAUUAUUUUCAUUCUUGUGUUUUUUCAUUUUGGCAUGAUUCAUCUGCACCUGUUGGAGCUGGUGCCUGGCAUUUCCUUGAUUGUCCAAUUUCAGCAAAGUAGCCCUGACUGGAGUUUGUCUUUGGUGUACUUAGGAUCGCAGUUUGAGGCGAAAAAGCAAUCCUGCCUUCGUUGCAGCUCUUUUCCUGAGGCUCUGGUUUGUUUUAACGUUGUCCAGUUAUAACACCAAAAGCCUUGUCAAUUUAGGCAUUCCUUUUGAAAUUCCUCCCUAGCUUAAUCAUGCUUUCAAAAUUUGUUGAUUUACCAGUUGUCAUUAUCGGCCUUCCACAAGACGGAAAUAUUCAUUAUUUGUUAUAAGUAAAUUCAAUGGUGACAUUAAAAACAUAUUUGUGUCUACACCAUCAUUAUGAUUUAAAUAUUUAAAUGUAUUUUAGCUGAGGAAAAUUAAUGAUUAACAAGCUUUAACUUUUCAAUGUUGUAAAUGCUGUACGGUUAUAUAGGCUUACUGGUUGCCAGGUAUCUGAGAUAAUAGUGUUACAUUUACAAUAAACCAUAGCGUUAACUUUGACUUUUGCCGUGCAGGCUGAACAAAGAGGAGUAAUAAAACAGGAGAUCCUUUUAAAAGGGAACUUUGAGUCAUUUUCUGUUUGUGUGUUUCAUAUCUCUGGAUCUGUAACAGAGUGUAUUGUGUUACUUGCUUGAGGGUUAAGUCCCGAUUGCAACAUGUAUUCCUCGAAAUUCUGUCUCUCUCUGAAUGUCUUUUAAUACUGACGAAACAGAGCAUUUAGCUGACGUUUCAUGGACAUGGAAGAGAGAUGUGUUUUCUGAUGGUGGGUGUCUCAUGUCUGUAUGGCUGUGCCGUCUGCUGCCAUUUAUUAAUGGUCAGAUUUUUGUUUGAUCUAAUGCACGUAUGUAACUGCCCAAUAAAACACUAGCAAUGUCUGACCUCUA